AUUAUUUCUACUGUAACUACUACUCAAGUUGUUCCCACCACGCUAUACAGGACUCAGGUCCAAACUCAGAUCCAAUACCAGACCAGCGUUAUCCAUCAGACCACGGUUCGAUACGUGGACCGAGUGGUGACCCAGACCGUAACAAGCCCUCCCAGUCAGGAGGUUCGUUACAUCACCACGACCCGCGUGGUGCCCCAGGUCCGUUACGUAACCCAGACACAAGUACAGACACAGGUUGUACCUGUCGAGGUCACCCGCACACAGAUUCAGACCGUCGUCCAACCUGUUGUCAACUACCAGACGCAAGUGGUGCAGCAAACCCGUUACGCCACCGUCCCUGGCCCCACAACAGUCCGCACCCGCGUGCAGACCGUGGUCCAGACCUCACUGGUCCGCCAACAGCAGCCCGCCAACACCCGCUACGUCACCUCCACCAGCGUGCGCCAGGUGGUCCAGACCAGCGUCGUCAGGGGCCAGGAUGUGAUCCGCACCAGCGUGGUCCAGCGCCAGCAGGUCAUCCCCUUCACCUCCAUCAACACCCGUUACGAAAAUGCUUACGCCACCCGCGAGCAGGUCGUCACCCGCACCAACGUCGUCACUCAGACUCAAGUUAUUACGCAGGUCGUUCCUCAAGAGGUGGUGAGGACCCAAGUGGUGCCCACCAUUAUCUAUACCACCAUCUACAGGACCCAGGUGCAGCCCUUCACCCAGGUGCAGACUGUGGUGCAGACCCAGUAUGUCACCCCAUACCCUGUCUACCAGACCAGGGAGGUGACGCGCACCUCUGUGGUGCAGGUGUCCGGCCCGGACCGCGUCAUCACCCAGCAGGUGGUGCAGACUCAGCAACAGCAUAGCAUCGUCUACCAAACUGUCAACCGACCCCAGCAGGUCACCGUCACCACGACCGUCACAGGCACUUGUGGACAAACAGGAUAUAACUACGACCCUCCUGCCGUUCCCUUCAACAUCAAGGGAUAAAAUAAACUUUAGUACCGGUGAUUCUUUCAUCUGAUUGAAGCACAACACAAUUGUGCUGUGAUUAGGCUAUUUAAAAGAUCGAUCUGUUUUUCAUGGUGUAUGAUCUAUUGACGUCACAUAAACCAACCAAUGCCA